AUGCGACAUGAAAAUGAUUCAAAUCCAGUUAUCAUAAAAAUACCAAAUAUGAUAAUUAGUAAGGCACGUUGGUCAUCUGAUGGUUCAAUGAUUGCAAUUUGUGGUUUACAAACAGAUUUAGAAGAUGAAAAAUGUAUGAUACAUUUUAUAACUGCUUAUGGAGAGCCUUUAAGAAAUUUGCUAGUACCAGGACAAGCAAUUACUGAUAUAUCAUGGGAAGGUGAUGGCUUACGACUUUGUGCAGCAGUUGAUAGCCAUUUAUUCUUUGCGAACAUUCGACUCGAUUACAAAUGGGCUUAUUGUGGUCAUACAGUUAUUUAUUCAUAUGAAAGAAUGGAAAGUAAAGAGCACUGCGUGGUAUUUUUUCAAACAAAACUUGAAGAAGCUUAUUUACAAUAUGUCAAACCAAUAGUUGCAUUAGCAUCUUCCAAUGAACAUUGCAUCUUGAUAACACGUGUAGAGAAUCAAAUUGGCCAGUAUCUUAUGCAAAUUUGCAAUGGUAUUGGAACAACAAUCGAUUCCAAAUAUAUUAAUUUAGAGCCAAAAUAUGUGGCAAUGAAUGAUUCUGAAGUUGUAAUUGCAAAUAAUUUAUCAUUUACCAUUUGGCAGUAUAAUAUUCCAUGUGUUAUAAAUAGAGAAAUAAAUGUAAAUGUUGACGAUUCAAUGACAAAUGAUCAAAAGUUAUAUUAUGUUGAUGAAAAUGAUGAAAUUGAUGUCACAUCAUCUAAUAUUAUGCGAGGACGAAUACAACGGCAGAGAGAUGAAAUAUGUGCAAUAGGAAUCUCAAAGGAAUUCAUUCUCGUUUGUCGAAAUUCUGGCGUAGCAAAUUAUUAUUCACUGCCAGAAAUCAAAUUACAAUCAGUUCUUAAUUUGGGUUGUCGAGUUGAAAAAUUAGAAUUGAAUUGUAAUGGAACUCGAAUUGCUGCACUUACUGCUAAAGGAUUAAAAUUAUUUGAAUUACGUGAUAAUAUUGUAGUAUCAUUGUAUCUUGAACGAACUGAUGCAUGGAAUAUUAAGUGGGAUUCGGAAAAAGAUGAUACAAUAGCAGUAAUGGAGAAAGCACGAUUGUAUGUUAUUAGAAAUAAAGAAAUUGAAGAACCAAUUAUUAAUAAUGGUUAUAUUUGCUCAUUUAAAAAUUUGAUCGUUCGUACCGUACUUCUCGAUGAAUUAAUGAAAAAUCCUGACACACCGCAUAAAUCAUUCAUCAUUGAUGUUGAAAUUAAAUUACUUCGAAAUGCGAAAAAUCUGUUAGAGAAGAUGAAAAUUGAUGAAGCAACAGCAUUUAUCGAAAAGAACAAUCAUCCAAAAUUAUGGGCAUUACUAGCUGAGGUAGCAUUAAAACGGUUAGAUACGGUUAUUGCGGAACAUGCAUUCAUAAUGCUGAAGGAUUAUGCCGGAAUACAACUUAUCAAACGGAUUGGUAAUUUACAGAAUGAUGAAUUCAAGAAAGCUGAAGUAGCAACAUUUUAUGGACGUAUUGAUGAAGCGGAAAAAAUUUACAUGGAAAAUGAUCGACGUGAUUUAGCACUUGAACUACGAGAAAAAAUGAAUGAUUGGUUUCGAAUUGUGGAAAUUUUACAACAAAGUAAACAACCAGGUGAUGAUGAAUUAUUGAUGAAAGCAUGGAAUCAUGUUGGUGAUUACUAUGCUGAACGACAGAAAUGGAAACAAGCUGAAAGUUACUAUGAAAAAGGAGAAAAUCAUAAGCAACUGAUUCGAUGCUAUUUGAUGGAUGAUAAUUAUGAUAAAUUGGAAUUAUUAGCAAAACGUUUACCUGAUGGUGAUAAACUUAUCGCUGAAAUUGGUGAAAUUUUCCUAAGCGCUGGCUUAUGUGAACAAGCAGUAGAAUGUUUUGUACGGUGUGAUAUGCUAAAUGAAGCAUUAGAUGCUUGCAUACAAUUAAAUCAAUGGGAACAAGCAGUUCAACUAUCGAAGACAUAUAAUCUUCGCGAUGUUCAUUUAUUACUUAAUCGUUAUGCUGAACAAUUAACUGGAAGUAACGAGAAAACAUUAGCAGCAGCACAACUUUACCGAAGAGCUGGCAAAUAUUUGGAAGCUGCUCGUAUUAUUUUUGAUAUUGCAAAUAAUGAACGUUUAAAACAAGCUGAAGCAUUACGUUUAAAAAAACUUUACGUAAUGGGCGCUCUUCUUAUUGAACAGUAUCACGAACAAAAUAAAUCAGAAAUUGCUAAGGAAUCAGCAAAUAAAUCUGAUGCAGAAAUAGCUCUCAGAGGAUUACUAGAAGUGGACAGUAAAAUUUCGCUUGCUGAUAGUACUAUCAUUGAUAAUGCAUGGCGUGGUGCUGAGGCAUAUCAUUUUUACAUGCUUGCACAUCGUCAACUUUAUAAUGGUGAUAUAAAUAAUGCAAUGAUGACAGCAUUACAUUUAACAGAUUAUGAAGAUCUUAUCGAUCCAGCUGAAAUUUAUUCACUUCUUGCAUUAUCAAGCUGUGCUACACGACAGUUUGCUGUUUGCAGUCGUGCAUUUAUUAAAUUAGAAAAUUUGGAAACAUUUUCUGCAGAUGAAAAGGAAAGUUAUAAAAAACUUGCAAUGAAAAUUUUUACUAAAUAUUCACCAAAAGAUACACAAAUGAAUAAAGUGGAAUGUACGAGUUGUUAUGCACAAAUUCAAGAUUAUUGUCACAUAUGUCCAUCUUGUGACAUCAAAUUUCCCACAUGCAUUGUCACUGGUCGAUCAAUGCUUGUGCAGCAAUUUUGGCUUUGUCCAACUUGUAAACAUCAUGCAUUUGAGGAGGAAAUGAAUUGUUUACAAUUUUGUCCAUUAUGUCAUGCAAAAUUAUAA